AUGUUAUAUCAAAUUAUUAUUAUUUUAUUGUAUCUGUAUCAAGUGAGAUCUGAGUUAUAUAGUUUACACGAUGGUAGAGAGACGGCGGUUAGUUAUGAUGCUGAGUGGAUUGUGGAAGUAGUAGGUGGUGAGGAAGUGGCUCAACUGGUGGCGUUAGAACAUGGAUAUAAAUAUGAAGGACCGGUGCUGGGUUUGUCCAACAUGUAUGCGUUCCACGCACACGAGCGCAAGGAGCGUCGCACCCCGAGCGAGCACACAUCCACACUGCGCAAGGACAGGAGGAUUCGAUGGGCCGAACAACUCUUUGCAAAAAGUCGCGUGAAGCGAUAUCCGUACCCUGACCUCGACGGCACAUUAAAACGAGUAAAAAGAAUAGAUGAAUACACCAGGGACGCAGACUUUACGAGGAGCUCGGCUGUGGAACACGGACGGAGGGAACUCUUCAAUGACGAACUCUGGGCCUACGAAUGGUAUUUGCAAGACACUCGUGACAAUCCUAAUGUACCUCGGCUGGACCUCAACGUUUUGUCAGUGUAUAAUAUGGGCUACAACGGCCGCGGUGUUCGCGUGUCCAUACUCGACGACGGAGUCGAACAUAACCACACGGACUUACAGAACAACUACGAUCCCGAAAUCAGUUGGGAUUGCAAUGAUGGAGACUCGGAUCCAUAUCCGAGGCACGACGAUAAAAACCGGAAUUCUCACGGCACGAGAUGUGCCGGUGAGAUAGCGAUGACGGCUAACAAUAAGAAAUGCGGAGUGGGCGUGGCCUGGGGCGCCAAAGUGGGUGGAGUCAGAAUGCUCGAUGGACGAAUCACAGAUCAUGUUGAAGGCGAAGCAAUAGGUCAGGAAUUCGAUGUUAUGCUCUCCUGCCUUCAUUCGCAAGAUGUUUGUUAUGAUUAUUAUGAUUCAGGAUUCGCGUGGGACAAAGUGGACAUAUACAGCGCCUCAUGGGGCCCCAACGACGACGGAGAGACUGUGGAGGGUCCAGGCCGACUCGCUAUGGAGGCCUUCAGGAGAGGAGUGCAGAUGGGACGGAACGGUAAAGGGAGUAUAUUCGUAUGGGCCAACGGAAACGGUGGAACACACGACGAUAACUGUAACUGUGACGGCUACUCUUCCAGUAUGUACACGAUAUCUAUUGCCAGUGCAUCCCAACAAGGCCUGUUUCCUUGGUACGGAGAGAUCUGCUCCUCGACUCUAGCGACCGCAUACUCCUCUGGUGCUUACAGAGAUCAGAAAAUUGCCACUACAGAUGUAAACGACUCGUGUACACUUGGGCACACGGGCACCUCCGCAGCGGCGCCAUUGGCCGCCGGAAUUAUUGCUUUAAUGAUAGAUGCGAAUCCAAAUUUAACUUGGAGAGAUGUCCAACAUCUGAUUGUAUGGACUUCGGAAUAUACAUCGCUAUCAGAUAAUCCCGGUUGGCAAGUCAACGGAGCGGGUCUUUAUUUCGACGUACGUUUCGGCUUUGGUCUUUUGAACGCCGGGUCUCUCGUCAACGCCGCACUCAACUGGACUACAGUACCAAGUGCACUAUCAUGUAGAAUCACUGCUUCUCCGAUCAAAGGCAAAGUGGCGAUCUCAGCAAUGGAAACUGUAGAUAUAACAAUAAAAGUAUCGGAUUGUGAAGUAAAUUACCUGGAACACGUGGAGCUGUAUGUUAAUAUCGAGUACACGCGAAGAGGUGCUUUGGAAAUACACCUAAUUUCUCCUCAAGGUACGAUGGUUCAAGUACUCAGUCCUCGUCCGAGAGAUACGUCCAAAGCCGGAUUUGUUAACUGGCCCUUAACCUCAGUAGCGACGUGGGGAGAGAGAGCUAAUGGACUUUGGAGGGUCAUCGUACAAGACAAGGGGAAUAAGUGGAACACGGGUUACGUAGGCGAACUGGUUCUCAUAGUCCACGGUACAAACGAAAUGCCCGCUCACAUGAGGAGCGGUCCGAGGAGAUACGAUGACACCUACAGCCGGUACGAGAGCGAGUCGUAUGAGGAUGAGCCGGCGGUACCAGGAGAUCAGGAGCACGGAGGAGUAGUCAGCGCGCUACUGGACCAGGCCGACACAGAGCUACUGAGGAACUACCACAGCAGGGGGCAGCAGGCCGGCGAGCGACGCCUCUAUUGA